GUUAAACAAAAUAAAUUAAAUUAAAAAAAAAAUAAAGAAAAAAAUGAUUUUCGCCAGCUUUGGUGCUAAUUUAAUUUAAACAAAAAUCAAAAAAAGUGUCUCAGCCAAAUGACGCCAUCUGGCCACAUGCAGUCUUAAGUGCAACUUGUCAUUGACCAAGACUCCAAAUUAAAAACGGAAUGCAUGUGGCUGGCCGUUGACUGAAAACAAAAGGAAAUAUCCCUCGAAAGAGCCAAACAAAAGAGGAUCAAGACCAAACAAGAAGUGGCACAAGUAAAAGCUUGGCUAUUACGGAGAAUUUUUCUGAGAAAAAUCUGUCAGCCGAAUGGUUUCUAUGGCUCCGCUUCAUUAAAUGGUGCAAGAGUGCAGCGGGAUCAUUAAGCAACAUACCGCCCACCCUGAUAACAGACUGGAAAAUGUCGGAAAUUGUGGACACCGAGCUGCUGGUCAACUGCACCAUCCUCGCCGUCCGGCGCUUCGAGCUGAACAGCAUUGUGAACACCACUCUGCUGGGCAGUCUUAACCGAACUGAGGUGGUCAGCCUCCUGUCGAGCAUCAUCGAGAACCGGGAUAAUCUCCAGAGCAUCAACGAGGCCAAAGACUUUCUAACCGAGUGCCUGUUUCCAUCGCCGACACGACCGUACGAGUUGCCAUGGGAGCAGAAAACGAUUUGGGCCAUCAUUUUCGGCCUGAUGAUGUUUGUGGCCAUUGCCGGCAAUGGUAUUGUACUCUGGAUUGUAACAGGACAUCGCAGCAUGAGGACGGUCACAAAUUACUUCCUGCUGAACCUGAGCAUCGCCGACCUGCUGAUGUCGUCGCUGAACUGCGUCUUCAACUUUAUAUUCAUGCUGAAUUCGGAUUGGCCAUUCGGAUCGAUUUAUUGCACAAUCAACAAUUUCGUGGCCAACGUCACGGUCUCCACCUCGGUCUUCACGCUCGUGGCCAUCAGUUUCGAUAGAUACAUCGCAAUUGUGCAUCCGCUGAAGCGCCGCACGUCGCGUCGGAAGGUGCGCAUCAUCCUGGUCCUGAUCUGGGCACUCAGCUGUGUGCUGUCGGCGCCCUGUCUGCUCUACUCCAGCAUCAUGACUAAGCACUAUUAUAAUGGAAAGUCGCGGACAGUUUGUUUCAUGAUGUGGCCUGAUGGAAGAUAUCCCACUUCGAUGGCGGACUAUGCGUACAACCUGAUCAUCCUGGUACUGACCUACGGCGUUCCCAUGAUAGUGAUGCUCAUCUGCUACUCCCUGAUGGGCCGCGUCCUUUGGGGCAGUCGAUCGAUCGGCGAGAACACGGAUCGCCAGAUGGAGUCGAUGAAGUCGAAGCGGAAGGUGGUACGCAUGUUCAUCGCCAUCGUGUCCAUCUUCGCCAUCUGCUGGCUGCCGUACCACCUGUUCUUCAUCUACGCCUACCACAACAACCAGGUGGCAUCCACGAAGUACGUGCAGCACAUGUACCUCGGCUUCUACUGGCUGGCCAUGUCCAAUGCCAUGGUCAAUCCGCUCAUCUACUACUGGAUGAACAAGAGGUUCCGUAUGUACUUCCAACGCAUCAUCUGCUGCUGCUGUGUGGGCCUCAACCGCCACAGAUUCGAUUCGCCGAAGAGCCGGCUGACCAACAAGAACAGCUCGCACCGGCACACAAGAGGUGGGUACACCGUCGCCCACUCGCUCCCCACCUCCUCCCCCCAGACCACCCAGACCACCCAGAACACCCAGACCAUCCAGACCAUCCUGGCCGACAAGGCCCAGCCCCAGACCCAGUUGCUCUUGUCUCACCACAUACCACUACCCCCGCAACCUUCCGCAGCGGAGAACAAAAGCCAGUGGAAGCGCAGCACGAUGGAGACCCAGAUCCAGCAGGCGCCGCUCACCAACUCUGGGCGGGAUUCGAGGACGCCGCAGCCACUGAAGGUGGUGGACGGAGCCAGUCGCGUGGGCGUCGAGUGCAUCAUGGAGCGGCCGGCGGACGGGAACAGCUCGCCGCUUUGUCUCUCCAUCAACAACAGUGUCGGCGAGCGGCAGCGCGUGAAAAUCAAAUACAUCUCCUGCGACGAGGACAAUAAUCCCGUGGAGCACAGUCCCAAACAGCUGUGAUGUUGGCCCGUUUCGUCCUGCCACUCGAACGGAUUGUGAAUCCUGGCUCUGGCUCUUCGUUUCGCUGCGGCGGAAAUGCAAUUUGCCAUUGCUUGCUCUGUCCUGUACAUACACCCACACUCACUACUAAAAAACGAUGAAACAUGUAUGCAAAGCAGGGUGGGUCGAUAUUGGGCACUGAAAAAAUCGAUUAUAUUAUUCAACAUACUCAAUCGCAUUGAAAUUAAAUUAAGUAUCAUUUGAGAAAUGUA